UAAGAUUUUACCUGUUUUGAUACAUUUUUUCAAGACUGACUACUCCCUCAAUGUAGUAAGAUCAGUUUUGACAUGUCCAGAGGCCACCCGUGAUUUUCCGCAGGAGCAAAAACAUAUUUUUUCACCCGACAGCGAGUGGCUUUUACAAAUGAUUUCACGGAGAUGGACAUCCCGCUGAAGGUAGUGGUACGAAUAGUCCCAUUAGAGAGCCCAGCAUCGACAAAUGGAGGGCAGGAAAAUUGCCAACACACAGCGCUUGCCAAGGACCACCUAGGCGACAAAGAUGACGAUGAAAAUGGCGAUGAUGAAACGGUAGAAAUUGUGCAUCCCGACGAUGGUCAAACAAGAAUUUUUCGUUUUUCCCGAGUUUACCGCCACAAUGAAGACCUGCGUUACAUUUACGGCGAAUCAAUAGCCGGAAUCACGGGAACCGUUUUGGAAGGGUAUGAUUUUUCUGUCGUCUCCUACGGUGAAUCUGGAAGUGGAAAAAGUUAUUCACUGUACGGAAAUGCGACCAGUGAGGGUAUUGUGUUGUGCUUUGUGCAGGAUCUGUUCUGUCAGCUGGCCGCCCACCCGGAACGUGUGUACUCGAUUGGGGUGGCGUGGACCGAAAUCACAAGCGACGGUGAUGUGCUGGACGUUCUGGGAACAGCCAUGAUGCAAUGCUUUACUUUGGAGGAAAUUUGCGGUUUGCUUGGUGUAGGGUUACACAGUAAAAAUGCGGAUAAUCACAGCAUUUUGAGUUUGAUAUUGGAGCAACAGUGGACGUCUUUGAAUGGAAUGAAUCAACAUCGACAGUCGACGAUUAGCUUCUGUGAUUUGUCGGGAACGGAGCGCGAAACGGUUGAAACGAAGAAACUUUUUAGAGACUCCGGACUACGGAAGCUGGAGGAUAUAGUCCACAAGCGAUGUAAUGAUUACAAUGAAUCCAUUUUAACAGCGUUUCUUAAAGAUUCGUUCGGUGGUCGGGCUCAAACUUUGAUACUGCUGUGCGUGAAGGACGAAAAUGGAAAAGAAAGCAUUCGCAGCUUGGAAUUUGGAGAAAAAGCACAGGACAUCGUGAAUCACGUCAUCAUGAACACCUUUUCCGAUAAUAAUGUUCCAUUUGUAGCUUUAAAUGAAGAUAUCAGUAAUACGAUUGCACAGCCUAAUUACGAAGGGCUUUACUUUGCCUCCCAGCAGUGGGCUAAGCUGCUCAGGAAUGCGGAAAGUAUUUUCAACAAAUUGUUCAGUGCAUGUGAGCUGUCGCAGCAGGAGCGCGUACAGAUCGAGGAAUGGCUUUUCCUGAAAGCUGAAUGCGACGAAUGUUUUAGCUCAACUGACAUCAGUAUUACGACUGGCAUUGGGAAUCAACCCGCCCGGGUGUGUCUUGGGCCUAUCGAAGAGAUUGACGAAGCAGAUGACAAUUUACUGCAGAGAAGCAGUGGUAAAGUCAAUACUAGUGAACAGUGCAAUUCGGACAACGAAAGUGACUCCGAUAUUGGCACUCAUUUAACGGACGUAACCGAACGGAUUCAAGGCUAUAUGGAAAAGUUUCAUGUAAAAACGAACAAUUUGAUCAACGAGAAAUAUAAGGAAUUUUUCCAAGCUCACCCGAAGAUGAUUGACGAUCUGAACGAGGAAGUUCGCCAGCAGCAACAGAAGAAGCAAAAGCAGUUGCAGCAAACGAAUAUGGAAGGAGCGCACAACCCCGGUCGCAGGAAAUCCAUCUACGACGUUGAAUCUAUCGGCAGUAAUGAAUUGUCGUUAAUGUCUACUCUUCGUAACAGUGACUCAACCACAUCGUUGGCUGCUCCAGCGGCUGUAGCUCCAACUGCCAACAGCAAACGCUUGGAUACGAUGAACAACAAUCUGCGCAUUACUGCCGUUAGUAUAGAAUCACUACAUGUCCAAAUAGAAGAAAUUCGACGCACAAUAGCCCUUAAGCAAAAGUAUAUAACCGAUUUGAUCGAGAACAGUGAAACUCGCUCGGUCGCGAAAUCUCGUUUCAAUAAAAAGAAACGCAACCUCGAGGACGAGUACGAGAAGGCGAAGAAACAGUUGGCCAAAGCCGUGGUCAACGGUGCUGAUAAAAAAGACAUCAAUCAUUUGAAGAGCAAAACAUCACAGAUCGAGCAAAGGAUGAAAGAUCUCGAGUCGAUCCGAUAUAUUGCGGGUGAGUCUGGUCAAAAGCGGAAAAAGUUGCAACAAUCGAUUAAGGACUCGCAGAAGCAACUGGAAGCCUUGCAGAAAUUGCUCAAAAAAGAGUUGGAUCGCAAAGAGGCCCUCGAGCGUGAGAUCGAUGUCCUGAAGAAGGAAAAAUCGACUCCCAAAAUCGGUGCCAUGCAUGAAAUCACCGAAGGUAGGAGCAAAAUUAAGAAAAUGAAUGAUCGAAUUUUGCAAAUUGAGCAUGUAUUGAAGGAAAAAUCAAGUAAUUUGAAGAGAUACGUGAACAAAAAAGAUACCGAGAAAGACUCCCUUCGUCAAGAGAUUAAAAACCUUAGAAUUACGCGGGACUUGCAGUUAGAGCAGCGCUAUAAUUUGGAGAAAAAAAUCCGUGAAGAAGAGAUGCCAUCAUUUGAUGAGGAACGUAAGCUAGUUGAGUGUGAAGAAGCUAUCGAGGCAAUUGAUGCCACGAUAGAGCUGAAGAACGAGCAAAUAUGUGGCCGAAAAAGCAUCGAUACCGAUGAAAGCUUGCAGCGGGAACGCGGCGAGCAAAUGCUGAUGGCUCGACUGAACAAACUGUCCAGCGAUGAAAUGAGAACCUUACUGUACAAAUACUUUCAAAAAGUAGUCGAUCUCAAAGGCAGCAGCCGUAAAGUUGAAAUGCAGUUUAUCGCUUUGGAGCGAGAACGUGACGCAUGGAAAUGGAAGGAGAAAAUUCUCACCAAUCACAUUCGUCAGGAGCGUUUGGAGAAGGAACGAUCAAUAAUUGCCAUGCAGAAACAGCACGAAACAAAGCUCAACCUAAUGCUGCGGCAUUUCGCAGCUGACACAUCCGCCUCCAUGACUAGCUCGGUUCCGGAGAACGCCCUGUAUCCAUACUCUCCCUCAUCUGGGGGUGAAUUUGCCCUUAACCCUGCUUCCAGCCGCUAUCAUCAUCAUCACCAUCAUACACUGGCACUAGAUUCGGAUAGCGAUGCUACCAGUAUCCACCAUCAUUCGCUACCCCAUCACGCCAAACAUCUGACGCACUUCAAACCACCCAGCGUGGCAGCGGCUGCCGUUCCACCCUUGGCAGUGGAGAAAGACCGGAAGAACAAACUCCUGUCAAAGCUGCAAGUUUUCACGCGAUAUCACGGCGGAGCCGAUAAGCGUAAAAUGUUCGUCCAGUCUGAUAUACCCCAGCAGAACCUGAAACAGCUACAGAUCUCGGCCAGGCCUUCGCUGACCAAGGUGACCCGUGAGAAGAACAAAAUCAUCAUCCAGAGCGAUGGUGGCGCCAGCGGAGGCGGUAAGUGAGCAUUGGAUGUACGACACCAUAUCUCUCUAGUACCUUUAGAAUUUUUACAUUCACUCAAGCGAUUGCUUUAAAAAAUCUCUUUAAAGAAAAGUAGAGCAAAAUUCCGCUUUCGGAUUAUUAUUCAGACCUGUCCCAAAAUACUCCUCUCAAACUAAAGAUCUGUAACGGCAGUAUAGACCAACUGAAAUUUGUUAUUUAAAUCUUGUACAGACUGGUACGAACUGCAUUUAAUAAAUGUUUACCUUAACUUUUA